GUGCAGAAAAGAGUUGAAAAUAGUGUGUAUGUAGUAGCGAUUCGGAGUAUGGCAACGCAACGUGCUCGAUUCGGUCGGUGUCGUUUUUCGUAGCAUGUUUUUGUGUUUUCUACUUUGCUCUGUUCGACUUUUUAGUGUUUUCCAAUUAAUUUGAGGCUUGAGUGUGAAUGCGACAACCUGUGAUCCGUGAGUAUCGUUCACUGCGUAUAUUUGCGUUGGUGCGCGCGAACGUUGCCGAGAACGUCGACGACGACUAGUCUUCCGCCAUUAUAGCUUUCAUGCCAAAACCACGCUAUUCUGUAAAAUCGGUAAUUUGUUUAUAAUUUUUCCUGAAAGUGGGAAUGUUGAAAAUGAAUUUUGCUUCUGGAAAAGAUGUUUAUAUGUCGCGAAAUAGGAUCAAUGGAGUGAGAAGAGCAAAAAAAGUAAAUAAAUUGGAGAAAAAUAUAUAAUAAUAAUGAAAAGAGCUAAUAUGAAGUAAGCCAAGAAAGAGGGGAAAAAAGCAAAUUAAAUAUAGGCGACGAAGUGAAGCGAGCAAACAACGAAGCAGUAUAACAACAAACCACUUUGUAAACAACGGCUCUAGCACAAUUGGUUAAUGUGACGACAGUAAAACGCACUGUAUACAAACAAAAUUUUUGUGUGAUAAUACGAUUUAAAAAUUAGAUUUAAAGAAUUAAAAUGUUGCAAUGAAAUGUGCAAAGGUCAUCGUAAUUAUGCUAAUUCAUUUGAUUUCUUCGAUUUCAACUUGAAAAAUGUCGUCGAUUCGAUUUUUGCACCGCUCGUCGUUGUCGUUGCUACCACUGCAGUGCUGUAAUUGCAAUAACUUUUUCGUCCACAUUUUGUUGUUGAUAUCUUCGCUGUUUUCCACGCUUUGCGGAACGAACAGCGUUAGCAAGAAUAACAACAACAAACAAUCUUGCCCUUGUCAUCAUCUACAACAACAACACAAGAAAAUCAACAUUUGCAAUAAUAUUCCUUGCAUCAAUAGCUGUAGUUGUGCAUUACGGUUAAAAAAAUCAAUCCCUAAUCACCCUACUCAAUUCGCGUCUGCAUCAGAUUUAUCUACAAGAUCGGGAAUACAGGCUGCUAAGUCUAUCGAUAGCCACACUUCUGAUACUUACAUUCUAACUCAGCUCACAGCUACUGCCCACAUCGAUACCCGCGAUAGUUGCAGUAGUAGUAGCAUCAGCUGGAAACGCAGUAACAGAAACUGCAUUCUACCAACAACUUGUGGCCGGUGUUUACAACAGCGCCUUCAACAACAAAACCAAUUGGUUUAUCGAGCUAGUGAUUUCUGCUGGUUCGAGAAUAGCAAAGAUAGUAACUACCGCAGAGGUAGCAAAAGCAGUAGCAGCGGUAAUAACCAGAAUAUAAUCAGUGAUUGCGACAGUCCGCAAAAAACACUGUUAUUCCAGUCCAAUACUAAAACUUACACUAGGCAGCAUAGUAUAAUCACAUCAACAAUUGUUGAAAAAACAGAAGUAGCCGCGGCGGUAAUAGCACCGACGUUUGUGGAUCUCACGCACCCAUCCUUGCACCCUUCUUUUACUCCACGUAACAACUGCGAAGACAGUUCAUUUACAUCCAAAAAUUUGAUUAAUAACAACAAACCGUUUUCCACAUCAUCAGCGCAGAGGCUAUUUAGUAGCAGUUCAACGCCGCUGCUGCUGCAAGAAAAGCGGCAGAGGACGCAUUCCAACACAUAUUCAGACGUAUCAACGUUGUUACACGUUUUGGUGCAACUACGAAAGUCAACGCCACAACCGAGAAAGCCGCAACAAUUAUUUGUUCACGUCAAAAGUUACGCUUAACUUAGAUUAAAUCAGAGUCAAAAGAACGGGAAGUAAAAGCGGAGAAAUUUAUAAAAAUAUCUCUAGCGCCAGCAAAGCCUGAUUAGGAAGAUAAAGGGGCGAAAAAAUUAACACAAAGUCAAAAUCAUACAUCGUUAAUCAGUGGUUUUUGGCAUAAUCAAUUGGCUGUAAGUGUAAACACAAGUCGGCUCAUUGUGGAAAUAGCGAUUGAAGUAACAAAGUGUGAGAAAAAUCCACAAAAACAGUAGGCGAAUAAAGAAAAACCACCGUUGCAUCCAUAAACAACCACAUCUCUAUAAUCAUCAUGUCAAAAUUAUCAUUUCGAGCGCGUGCGCUAGAUCCCUCCAAGCAGAUGCCCAUCUACUUGGCAGAGGAGCUGCCAGAUUUGCCUGAAUAUUCGGCUAUAAAUCGUGCGGUGCCACAAAUGCCCAGUGGCAUGGAGAAGGAAGAGGAGUCGGAACAUCAUCUGCAGCGGGCAAUAUGUACUGGUCUCAUUAUACCCACACCAGAGGUUUUUACCACCGAUCAGGAAGCCUACGAUCGCAUGUAUCCUCCCAAUUACAAAAUGCCGCGGCAACUAAUACACAUGCAACCGCUGGGUCUCGAGCAAGAUGUGCCAGAUUACGAUAUGGACAGCAGCGAUGAGAUUUGGAUUAGCCAGCAGAGUCGACGCCUUGAUCUGACACCACUGAAGUUCGAGCAGAUGAUGGAUCGGCUGGAGAAGAGUUCAGGUCAAAUGGUCGUUAAGCUGAAUGAGGCGAAAGCAUUGCUUAAACAGGACGAUGAAGUCAGCAUUGCUGUUUACGAUUACUGGCUUAAUAAACGCUUAAAAAUGCAACACCCGCUGAUACUGACUGUGAAAACGGAGAAUCGUCCGGGCGCAUCUUCGAACAAUCCGUACUUAGCAUUUCGCCGACGCACCGAAAAGAUGCAAACGCGAAAGAAUCGCAAAAACGAUGAAACGUCCUAUGAGAAGAUGCUCAAACUGAGGCGCGACCUACAGCGUGCCACCACCGUGCUGGAGAUGGUGAAGCGACGCGAGAAGACGAAACGUGAGCAAUUGCAUUUAUCUAUAGAAAUCUUCGAGAAGCGAUACCAACUGCGCGACUUCAGUGGUGCUCUAUUCUCCGAGUUAAGUUCUUCUCUGAAGAAUUCUAGACCCGCGUUUGCCCCAUUGUAUACGAAUCAAUACUCACACCAUGGAUCUGCGCCGGGCACCACACCCACAGGUGUUGCGUCUGUAGGUGCGGCCACACAUGCUGCCGGUGUUGGUAGUGUACUGGGACCAGGCGGUUUGCUUACAUCAGCGGCGGGUGCCAAUAGUGUAGCGUCUGGCAGUGGUGGCCAUUUGUAUGCGUCGGCUUCGCAGUACCUGAAUCCUUCGAGUCUAACGAUUGAUGCAAUCAACGCUGGCGCAAAUGGUGGCGGUAAUCGAAAGGAAAAGCGACAGUAUAAGAAGCGAAAACAUAAAUUGCCUCGUGAUAAACAACAGCAACAGCAACAACAACAACAUCUGUCGCAGCAUCAGCAACAACAGUAUUUGGGUGGCGUUGGCAGUGGCAAUGGUUUGUCAGCGUCUGCGCUGGGUGGAGUGGGAGCAACGCUAAGCACACAACAUCUGCUACAGCUGCAUCGUCAGAGCUCAUCGCCCGCUGCUAAUGAGUCUAAUAUCGAAACGGAGGAGGAAGAUUUUGGCAGUGGCGGCUUAGGAGGUGGGGGUGGUAGUGGUCAUCAUGCGCACAAAAUAGGCUCUGAGAGCGAAGAGGAGGCACCGUUUGCAUUUAGGCGAAAGCAGCAUUGCGACUAUCAGAGGCCGUUAGCCCAUGACGGUAAUUGGCCUUGGGAGUCAAAGGAAGAUUAUGGACUUGGUGAUCCGAAAUAUCGUUUCACACUAACUUCAAUAAAACAUCCGAGGCCCCGUUGUAUUGGUUUCGCCAGACGUCGCAUGGGCCGUGGUGGUCGUGUCGUAUUGGAUCGCACUGCCACAAAUAUGGACGAUUUUUGGUCACAGUUGGACUAUACGAUAUUUGAAAGCGAUUCCGCUUCGACGGCGACUAAGUCCUUGAAUAUUAAAAAAGAACCUGUAAAACCCGCCUCUCCACCAACGGUUGUUGACCUGCUGCCGUCCAACAUAACUAACGCAGCUGGUUCAAUUGCUACCGCCACGACUACAAAGUCUUCAUUACAACUACCCGCCACCACAACGAUCAAAUUUGAGCCCACGGAUGCACCAACGGAUGUGUCACCCAAAAUCGAUACUAUCGUAACUCAAGGCAGUGACGACGAUGGUGUCGAGGCAGACUUUGAUGACGAUGACGACUAUGAGGAGGCUUUGUGCAAAGAUGAGAAUAUCUCACGCGAUGCCAACUACAUUUCGUCACUAACUAUGCUGAGGCAACGGCAACGACAACGAUUACGACGCUUGCAGCAGAAGCGCCGACGUCGUCGACUGCAGCGUCAAAAGGGCGUUGAGGAAAGCGGUGGGAAAGGAGCUGAUGGCGAGAGUACAAAACGACGUCGCUUCAAUCACACCGAUGCUGUUGUCGUGGAUGCAAAGGCAGUAUCUGAGGCACAAACAGUUCCUCCAGCAAAAGAGCCAUUGCCACGCCGCUUACUGCAUCGAUUGUCCAAAUUAAUCGAUGACAAGAACAUGAACGGAAUAAGUAAUUUCUUGCUGGGUGAAAAAGUGAAGCGUGAGAAGUUGAAUGGAGAUGAUGUGUCCGACGAAGUGGUGAUCGAUUUAGUGCGGCAGCAGCAGCAACAACAACAAUGGCCAAAUCACCGUUCUAAUAACAAUUUAAUGAACUACAAUAACAACAACAAUAGUAGUAGUAAUAUAAAUAAGAAUGUAAGCAUUAGCGAUAAAUUCAAUGUGAUAAAAAGCGAAGGCACCAGCCCACCAUCAUCGGCGACGGGGUCCGUAACAGCAGCAGCAGUAGUGGCAGCAACUGCAGGAGGGGCAGAAUCUGCGGCGACCACAACGACACCUAGUUCAACAACGUUUACGCCGUCGGUAGCACCAUUAACAAAAGCUAUCAAACAAGAACUGAUAGACUGCACAAGCGGCGGUGCCUCGGCCGAUGAUUCGAAUGAACCUUUAAGCAGCAUAAAGAAAACCGCAUCUGCGUUAACGGACAUUACAACCACUUCAGAUUUGCAAGUGCUGGAAGAUGAAGAAAAUGUAAAUUUGGCACAAUUAAGCAGUCUAAUACGACACACCGUGAAAAAGGAACCACUGGAUGACGGCGGCGUAGCGCAUUCAUCGUUUGCUAAUGCCACAAAAUUCAACUCCACAAAUUGUGUAUAUACUAAAAUGUGCGACCAGGAUGAUCCUGUGUCAACGCCGCUAAAUCAGAUGCCCGAUGUCAUACGCCAGCAGUACCGGCAGUCUCUGCAGUUCAACAAGGAAUUGAAGCGUGAGCAAAAGCGUGUCGAUGAAGCAUGUAGUACUGGCAUUAAUGUCAUAAUCGACAACGAAUCACCGACACAUUGUGAUGAUGAUAAAUAUGAUUACAUUGGCAGUCUUUCACCGACAUCCAGCCAGCGUUUGGACGUUUGCAAUGAACUGCUCUCCGAAAUACGCCGUGAUUGGUUACACUUUCGUCCGAAGACACCAACCGAUGUGUUGUCUGAUAGUAGUGAUUGCAAGUUGACGCCGGCAGGACCUCUGGUUGAGUGGACGCAACAGACACCAAUAGUUGUUGAAAUGCUGCGGGUACCGUGUGAUAGUGUCGAGCCACGUAAAACACAGCACCCGCAUAAAAUCUCUGGACAGACACUGAGUAGUCUGUGGGACACACAUUCCGACGAUGCACUCUUCGUAAGUGAUAGCUUCAAGUAUGCCGAACUCGAACCAGACACGCAGUUACUGCAAACGUACUUUGCGACAGAUGUAACACGCGGCAGUAGCAAGAGUCCAGACGUUGGAGCAGCGGGCAAUUCGAACUCGGCUAUUGAUUUCAACCUGAGCGGUGACUCACUAACCGACAUAAAUUUAUUAGGUGACGGUGAUGAAACGGACGAAAAUAUGCUUGUGAAUAUAUUGAAGGAAUGCGAUGACAUAAAGACACUGAAUCAGGCUACGAACUUUUGGAAUGGCAUAUUGGAAGGUGAAGCAGAAGUUGAUGAAGUAGCCGCGGAUGUGGAGACUGACUUAAUGGCCUGCAUCGACGACAAACCGAAACACAAGGACGGCAGACGUGCAUCUCGUGCCAAAGGCAGUGUUGGAGGUGGCUGUGGUGGUAGUGGCAAGUGGCGCAGUAGCUGUGCAAUGUAUGGCGGCACAAGUUUUAAUACAUCGGGUGUUAGUGACUCACUUCCAGAUGAUGUAUUUUUCCAAAAAGUGCAGCCAAAGAUAGAACCGACCGAUGCGACUGACGCAUUGGCGUCUACUACGUCUGAAAAACUUGAUACAGUUGUCAAAACCGAGCCCGCUGAUGACUUACCUGGUCCACCAACACUUGAUGUCGGUGGGGCAGUAACGACGCAGCAAAGGCAGACAACAACGUCGAUAGCAAGUAUACCCGCGCAAAUAUUGCAAAAUACGCCUGCAGCUGCAGCUGGCGUCCGUAUCGGCGGCGCCAGCGGCGGUGUAACAGCCCUCGCCAGCAUACCACAUUUCGUUGCGAACAGCGCGCAGCCGCAGCUUAUUGCAACAUCCGGAGUUGUACAUCAACGCCAGCCACAACCACAGCUGCAUGUGCAACAACAAUUAGUUACGCAGCAGCCGCAACCACAGCAUCAGUCACAAGUACAGUUGCAGGAGGUGGCUGCGGUGGGUGAUAUUAUUACGGUGACGUCAACGAAUGUGCCAGCAUUGCAGCAGCAACACCUGCAGCAAGCACAGGUACAGCAGGUACAGCAGCAACAGCAGCAGCAGCAGCAUCAAAUAUUGCAGUUGCGACAGCCACGGCUACAGAAUGUAAUGCAGCAGUUGCAGCAAAUACAGCAACAGCAGCAACGUCAGCAUCUGCUGCAGAUGCAACGUGAUCUGCUCUCCGGUGGUCCGGUCAUAACGCAGUAUGUAUCGGCCACGCCUACAAAUGCGAGCACUACAACCGUAACAACAACUGCACUUCGCCAGCCCACUCUCACACCUAUUGGCGCCACAGCUACUGGAAAUCAUACCAUCUAUACCACUAGCACAUCGGCGGAUGGCAGCAUAAUGGGUGGCACACAAAAAAUUUACAUACAGAAAGCCACACCCACAAUCACCAGCGGAACCGCAAUGUUAUCUGCGUCAACGGCGCAAACUUCUAACAGCCAGUCGUCUACAAGCACAGCACCGGCUUCUGUUAUUACGCUGUCCAAUGUGAAGCUGGAGAACAAUAGUGAUGGUAGUGCAUCUUCAAAUCAGGGGGUGACGUCAGCGACGACAACAAAUAUACUAACAAUUGAUGGUAAUGCCGUAACGGCACCGACUAUGAGUUCAACUGGUUCGGGUGUAAACAUCAUUAGUACGUCGGGGGGACAUCAAGUGGCUGUACACAGUAUUAGCGGCGGUACAAUGCAGCAUUUGACUAGUGCGAGCAACAGCGGUGCCACGGUGCAACAUUUGUCGUCAUCUGUAUCCGGAGGCACGACGCCACUCAUUGUUACAACAACGACGCGCCAAGCGCAACAACAACAGCAGCAGCAGCAACAACUUGUGCAUCAGCCAACACAACAAAUUGUAUGGCGUCAGAUAAGUGGGAGCACAACCAAUUCGGCGUCAGGUGCGGCUACCACCGUGAGUGGUGCCGAUGCUGCGGCGGCAAUGGCGGCUGCAGCAGCCGCGGCAGGCUCGUCGGGCAACAAAAUUGUAUGGGCCAGUAGACCAGGGCAAAAGCGGCAGUUGAAUGGGCCAGAUGGUGCGACAGACAUUAACAAAUUGUUGUUGAACCGCAAAUUCUCACAACGAAAAAUAAUCACCCAACAACAACAUCAAAUCCAAAUCACAAAGCAUUUACAACAUUUGCAUCACCAACAACAGCAGCAACAGCAGUUGCAACAGCAACAGCAUCAAGAUGAUGAUAGCGGCGUGAAUGCUAUCCAUGAUGGGCAGACGAACUCCGGUUCUGGUGUGACAACAACUUUGGUUGGCACAACAUCUCAGGUCGCUCAGCAACUGCAGAAAGUGCAGAUGCAAGGUGGCAAAGUGAUAAAAAUGUCCUCGUACCCACUGCUCGUUUCUGAGUUGAAUGUCACACAACAACAACAGCACCAACAGCAGAAGCACAAUUCCGCCGCAAUUGCUUCCAAUCACAACUACAGUCUGCAACCUACAACGGCGAUAAUCACAUCGUCGCAAUCGGUGACGCAGCAGGGCACCACCAGUGGUAAUAAAAUUUAUCUCACCAGCAACAAUACUAGUGGUGGCGGCACCAAUUUCACAAUCGCUACAGCUAGCGAGCUGGCUAAUGCUGUUGCUGUACAACAGUCCAAUAGCAACAAUAGCGGCGGCAGCAGUAACGGCAACAGUAGCAAUAGCAUGACACAGAAGCUGCAUCAUUAUAAAGAGCUGCAAAACUCCAAUUUGAAGGUGAACUUUGUGUCCACUUCUAAUUCGGCAGGCAGUAGUGGUAGUGGUGGUGGUGGUGGCGUCUCCGGCGGCGGUAGCAGCACAGUUAGCAUGCAGCAUGGUAGUAUAGUUAUGGAUGCGAAAACAGUGGCGGCUGCAGUCAGUCACUCCCAACAGCAGCAUCAGCAGCAACAACAGGCAACGUCGCAACAACAAGCGGUUGUGUUGAAUAAAUCGUCGGCGAAUGCAAAUCUGCAACAGCAAAGAUUGAAGCGCGAACGUAUACUAAAUAUAAUCGGCGCCUCGAAUAUGGAGGUGAACGCAGGGAAUGUCACGAACACCGUAGUUAGUGCGGGCAGCAGCGGUGCUGUUGAGAAUAGUAAACGCGUGUUGUACACAAGCCUGCUGAAUAUGAAACCGCUGCAAAAGAACAACUCCGGUCAAAUGCAAAUGCAAAUUGGGCCUGGAGGCAUGACUCACGCGCUUUUGCGCGGACGCAUUGGCAACAAUCAAACGAUCUUCACUAAUAUGCGUACGGUGCCGAUAGCGACAAGUGCAGCGGUAAGUAAUGCAACCACAGUGCAGCAGCUGCAGGUAGCAGCGGCAGGCGGCGGUGGAAGUGGUGGUGGUGGUGGCAACGGGAUGAGUGUCAGUCUGGCGCAAGUGACUACGAAUUCGACGGCACAACACCAACAGUCGUUGGUGAGUAUAGCCUCCUCGAAUUCCACUGCGGCGGCUGUGGAUGUUAUAACAACGACAACGUGCGGUGCGUUGACAACCAGCUGCAAUGAUCUCAAGGUUAUUGAGAGUGUUAGUAGCAACAACAGCAACAACGGCAACGGCAACAGUAGCAGUGGUAGUGGUAACAACAAUAAUAAUAGCAAUAACAGUAGUAGCGGUGGUGGCGGUAGUGCUGGUAAUUCAAUGGUUGCGGCAACGAUGGGCUCACUCGCCUCCGCAAUAAUCAACAGGUGAGACACGGGGAGCUAACUAACAAUAAGAAUUUAUGACUAUGAAAAUAAGUGCGCCGCACAAAUGUGCGCAGCCGUCGUCGUCGCAGGUCGAGCGGCGGCAGCAAUGUGUCGCAUUUGGUGUGUCUCCACUGCAGUUGCAGCUGCAGCAGCUGUAGUUAUUGCGCUAUUGCCACAACAGUUUUGCCUGCUGAGCGCAAAAUGCUUUGAAAAUACGGCGAUUAUGUUGAUUAUUGUGAUGAAGAUGGCAUACAAAUUCGAGGAGGUGCUCCUUGCCACACUUGGUUAGUGUAUAAAGUUGCUAGUGCAUCCCAAGAAAGCUGAGCGGCUACGAAAGCGAAAAACGAGAGAGCGGAUGAGAAGCGCGUAAACACAAUGCACAUUAACAGUUUCGUUUCAUUCAACAGUUGCGUUACCACUGUUACCGUCAUGAUAUGUGCCACAAUCAACCCAAAAAUAUAUUCUCAACUAACUUCAAUCAACUUGAGUAUUGACAACAGCGCUAGGAGUAGGCGCCGCAGUAGCAGUAUAGUAGCAGCAGCAAGAACAACAACACAACAACUUAUACCUUACCAAUCUCUUGUAAUUUUACUAGAUGUUGUUGUUAAUAAUUAAUAAUGUACUUGUAGAUUACUUGUAGAUUAUAUAUUAAUUUAUAUAUACAUAUAUAUGCAUCUAUACAUAUAUAUACAUACAUAUAUACUUAAUGAGUUGAGCUGAUAUGAUUGAAAAGGAAAGAAAAGUAAAGGAAAACAAAAACUGAAACUGAAAGAAAAACGGAAAAGAAAAAGAGAGUUAAAAUGGAAAAGAAAGUGAAAUUCGUUGAAAACAAAAUCAUCGUUACAACAAAUGAAGUGUUAUUGUAUAAAGAAAAGUCCUAAUUAAUGAUAGAAGAAGAAUCUAAGAGAGAAAAGAGCACGCGUUGAAUGAAUUGGGUAAGUGGGUAGGAAGGGAGCGGAAGUGGGAGUGGGAGUGAGAGUGAGAGCUUAUAGAACAGAAGUUAUUGAACAAAUUUUCUGCAUUAAAUUUUUCUUUCUUGCGCUGAAAUUAAGAAUAUCUGGGGCGAAGUCUGUUGUGUCAGACAUUCAGUUCUUAAUAGCAAUAAUAAAACAAACAAAAAUUUCAAUACCAAAAUUGUACGAGUACCAUGUAAAAACGAUUUUGGAUGGUAUUUUUUAAAUCUUUGCAACUUUAUUGAUUUAAUGCUUGUUCAGCGCAAAUUUUUUAGUAACAGAAUGGCCUUAUAAUUAGUUUCAAAUUUAAACUACAAAAAUGAAUAAAAAAAGUGACGAUUUCAAUAUUUUCUUUCCGCUUGGUCUCAGUUUAAAAGUAUGCUACUAAAUGAAAGUGUUUUUGUAUAUCGAAUCGUUAACAAGCGUAACAAAAAACAUUAAAGUUACCACUUUUGCGACUCCCCGCAUGACUUCACACACACACACAAUUCUUCACGCUGCUGCUCAGAAAUGCGAAAGAGAACGAUUUUUUGUAUUUCAUUUAAAUUAUUUACAUUUGCUUUAAGUUACAUAAAAACAAACAAAACAAAAAAAACAACAAUGCAUUUUCAUUUUUUGUAAUUAAAAUACAUAUUUUGUUUUUCAGUUACUUUUUUUUAAGUUUUUGUUUUAUCAUUAUUUUUUACUAAACAAAUCCGUUAUAUAGAGAAUACAAUUAUAAGUAGCGUUAGCUAUAAAUUAAGAAACGCUUUAGAUUUUAAUUUCUACUACCAUAGUUUUUUUUCUACGCUAAUAAAAAUUGUAAAUCUUUAAAAGAGAAGAAAUAAUGGAAAGCGAGAAAUAAAAGUUAGCCUCGAGAAGAGAAUAAAGCGAGAGAGAGAGAAAGAGAGAGAGCAUAUAUAGUUAGAUACGUCAAGAAGGCGGCAGUGAAAUAAAAGCUACCGCCGAAAGUUGGAAUACAACAUUCGCUUAUUACGAUAUAUGUAUAUCAGGUCUUAUUUUCAAGAUCGACUUUUUACAUUUUAAUAAAAUCAAAGAAAAUAAAUCAAAAACUAUUAAUAUAUAAGCUUACAA